CUACAACCCCCUCCUACAUCUGCUGUAGAAAUACUGUGCAUAUACGUUGCAUUCAAUCAUAGCCAGCUGGUGCACCUUCGACCGUUGCAAUGCCCAAUUAAUGGCGCCGUCCUCUGGAUUCUACGUAGUACGCUGCUCAACGCCUACUGCGAGCUACGAGUGAACUACCUCGUUGAUGGUGAGCUAUGGGUAACGUUAGUACGGGAGUCUGUGCCAGUAGCUGUCAAGUGCAUCCCGUCCCUUGGACCGCGGGGUAUUGAUUACUCCAUCUAUCCUCCCCAACCCAAUAAAGGUCACUCUGUUCCCACUUCUUCCUCUAUCCUGCGUUGCAACACCUCUCCAAACAUGGCUUCCACCUUCUCCAACUUCCCUUCUGCCCUCGGCGGCGACAAGAUCACCACUGCUCUCGCCGAUUCUUUCGCCCGCGACGGCCAGUACCUCGCUUUCACCACCACUGACGCCAUCGUCAAGCCAAUUACCUUUGGCAUUAAGUCCUCCGCCGAUCCGUCCACCCUCCUCAUCCACGUCGAGAAGGGCAAAGGCAAAGCCACUGUUGGCUCAGCUGAAGAUGCUGCCUUUACGCUUGUAGCCACGCCCGAACAAUGGGAGCAAUUCAUGAAGCCCACCGUUGUGGCGCCAUACCAGAGCUACUGGGGCAUGUUCGGCAUGAACAUUAAGCAAAAGGGCAUUGAGGUUUUGGGCGACAAGGACAGCUUUGUACACCACACACACGUCUGGCGUCGCGUGCUGGAGCUCAUCCAUGACGCUCACGCCGGCCCAGCACAGCUUGAUCCGGAGCCCGUCGAGCCCAAGGAAGACUACAUCAUCGGCCGAUACCUCUGGAUCGAAGCUCCAGUAUGGGGCAAGACGAAGAUCUUUGUCGAGUCUGCCGGCCAGGGCAAGCAGCAACUUCUUUUCCUACAUACCGCCGGCAGCGAUUCUCGGCAAUACCACGCCGUCAUGAACGACAAGCGCAUGCGUGACCGAUGCACUAUGUUCGCUUUCGAUCUUCCUGGCCAUGGUCGUAGCUUCCCUAGUACUGCCUACUUCCCGGGCUCACACACAAACACCGAGGACAGCUAUGUUGGCUGUAUCGCGGCCGUCGUCAAACGACUUGGUCUGCGGAGACCAAUUGUGUGUGGUGCCUCCAUGGCCGGGCAGAUCUGUCUGGCAGUUGCCAUUCGUAACGACGAAGUCGGCGCUGGCGGUGUGAUUCCUCUUCAGGGCUGUGACCACCUCGAUAUGCCGCGCGAGGACUUUGACCGCUCACCGUACUUUAACCAAUCCCUUGUCAACCCGGAACGCGUCUACGGCAUGAUGGCGCCCACUGCACCGCUCACCAACAAAGCCCUGAUCUGGCAUCUGUACAGCGCGCAGGCCUACGGCAUCUUCCACGGCGACCUGGACUUCUACUUUGGCGGCUGGGACGGGCGCGACCGCGUGGACAAGAUCAAUACGACAAAAUGCCCCGUCUACAUGCUCACCGGAGAGUUCGACUGGAGCUGCACGCCGGAAAUGAGCGAGGCCACGGCAAGGAAGAUUCCGGGUGCCCAAUUCAAGAGCAUGGAAGGUCUCGGCCAUUUCCCUGCCACGGAGAACCCCGUCAGGUUCAUUCCGUACCUGAUUGAUGCCGUCAGCUGGAUUCAGAGUCAUCGCAAGCUGAGUGUGGAUCGGAGUGUGUUGCGUAUGACAGAUGACUAGACGCGUCUCAUCCGUGCCAUGCUCCAUCAUGCAUGGCUUGAGUAGUAGCGGGAUUUGGGGUGGGCUGGCUCAUGAGAUUGUGAGAGAAAGCGAGAAUCGGAAGUGAGAAAUGAAGUAUAUGUAGAUAGCAGCACAUACAUGCAGAUCAACUCAAGCCAGUUCAGCCAUAAUUCCUGGGGCAGAACCAAACAACCACCUUAUCUGCUCUAGAUUCUUAGUAGAGCCCAAGAAUCGGAAUCCAGAAAGUCUAAAUUCGAAGAAUUUUAUACAUUUCGAUUU